UCGCCAUGUCAGAUCCAUACACACAAACACGUCUAUACACACACACACAUAUAAAGCAAUACAUGCACACGCACACAUACACAGGCACUUGUUCAUGUGUAUGUAUCGGUGUAAGAUUAUGAUACGUACGUAUAUAUAUAUGUGUGUGUACGUGAAGAAGGCGAAGCGGAGGAACUAAAAUAGCCGAAGCGGAAAUUCAUCUGAAGUUGCUAAAUUUGGAAGAGGGUUUUUUUUUUGAAAUUUUUUUUGUUGCUGAUUACAAAAGAAGGUGGAAGUUCGAGGAAAAUCAGGCGGUCGCGAAGUUUUUUUUCUUUUCAUUUUGAUUCUGGAGGUUUUUUUUAUAAUCAGAAGAGAAGCGACCGCCGAGGGUUAACCGUCACCGAAGCUGACGCCGACGGCGAACGUUCUUUGAUUUUCCGGCGGAUUUUUGGAGGGAAACGGGGAAAGUGAUGAAGGGGAGGAUUUCGAAGAUCGGAAGCUACGCGAUCGCGUCUUCCAUCAGAGACCAGCAUCAGCAGCCUUGCAUUUCCUGUACCACUUUCAACAUCCUCGCUCCGAUCUACAAGCGCCUUUCUCAGAAGGAUCAGAGCCGCAGAGAAAGCGACUACAAGGCGUAUUGGAUGGGCAGGAACCACAGAAUUCUCGAUUGGUUAUUGUACGAGAGAUCCUCCAUUAUCUGUUUGCAGGAGUUUUGGGUAGGAAACGAAGAGCUUGUUAAUUUGUACGAGAAAAGACUCGGAGACGCUGGUUAUCUGAGUUACAAGCUUGCUCGAACCAACAACCGUGGGGAUGGUCUUCUUACGGCUGUACAUAAGGACUAUUUUAGAGUUGUCAACUACCGGGAGUUACUCUUCAACGAUUGCGGAGACCGUGUUGCGCAAUUGUUGCAUGUCGAGUUAGCUCUUCCCCUGUCCAAGUGUCCAAACAACGACUCGUCCCAAGAAGUUCUCAUCGUAAACACCCACUUGUUGUUUCCUCAUGAUUCAACUCUAUCCAUAGUAAGACUGCAACAGGUAUAUAAAAUUUUGCAGUAUGUGGAAUCUUAUCUGAAAGAAGUCAAUCUUAGUCCCAUGCCUAUUAUGCUUUGCGGAGAUUGGAAUGGAAGUAAACGUGGCCAUGUCUACAAGUUUCUGAGGUCACAGGGCUUUGUUUCGUCUUAUGACACUGCUCAUCGAUAUACAGAUGCAGAUGCUCACAAGUGGGUAAGCCACCGAAACCACCGAGGAAAUAUAUGUGCCGUCGACUUUAUCUGGCUUCUCAAUCCAAAUAGGUACAUAAAGCUUCUGAAAACAAGCUGGAGUGAGGCAGUGUUUGGCAUGUUUAAGUAUCUACUGAGGAGAGCCUCCCUGACAGCAGAAGACGCAUUUGCCUUUCUGAAAGCCGACAAUAAUGUCGACUACAUCGCAUACGCAGGCUUCUGUGAGGCUCUUCGACAGCUCAAUUUAACAGGUCACUGCAAUGGACUCACCACAAGAGAGGUGAAGGAUCUAUGGAUCCAAGCCGACAUUGAUGGAAAUGGCGUUCUGGAUUACAAAGAGUUUCAGCAAAGAAUUUGGAACCCUACCUGGUCAGAACAAAGAGAUGAGAUCAGUGGAGGCGAUGAGAGGGAUGGCGAAAGGAAGAAGGGUAAUGAAGAGCAAACCAUCGGUUUCAGCGUAAAGAACGCGGUCCUGUUUCCGCCUGAAGUUGAAAAAGGAAUGUGGCCGGAGAACUACUCUCUUUCAGAUCACGCCCGGCUCACCGUCGUUUUCUCGCCGAUACGGAUGCCGUGCUCUCAGUCGGUUUCAUGACAAAACAAAACAAAGACUCGGUUCCGGAAAGAAGCACGAAAGAGUUAUCGGGCCCAUCUGCUUUGAGAGGCUCGGGUUUGUCUGAAAUUGCAGCAGAGUCUGUAACCAAAACCGGCUCUGACUCUUGAAGCAGGUUUUGGUUCGGUGGACUUUGGAAGAGAUGAGCCGGCGGCUCUCUCCCGAUGGUUCUGUGCCUUCGGGAAGAAGAGGAAGCAGAAGGGUAAAUAAGAUAAUUUUUUAUACAUAUACAAAACUUGAAACCAUAUACGACACAAGCUUCAUGUAUAGUCGUGGAGUAAUUUUUUUUUACAGUAGGAAAAAAAUUUAACCUUUUUUUUGGGAGGGGAGAGGAAUGUUUUACUGUAAAGCUCUUGUCUGUAGAAAAUAAAAAAGUACUGUGGCAUCUCUCAAUCUCAAUCAAGUUGCAAUUACCUUUA